AAAGCGUCUGAUGAGUGUGAACUUGCAGUUGCUAGCGGCUUAAUUUGGUUUUGUAUAAUAUCGUAAUUAGAAUUAAAAAUAUAUAAUAUAUAUAUAUAUAUAUAUAUAUAUAUAUAUAUAUAUAUAUAGCUAGCUAUGCCACCAAAAAGACAAGGGCCUCUUCAAACAGUGCAAAGAGAGACGGAUGAUAUCAAAAGACAGGUUGACAGUCUGAUAAAAGAUGCACGGCUGUCGGAUGGGUCAGGGCGCACAGAGGCAUAUCAGAGCCGAUGCAUACAUCUACAAAACUUAGUGGAGGAGACAACCAGGAAGCUCAAGAAGUUAACCAAGGCUGAUGAGCCAGCCCCAGUGGGGAAUUACGAACAGAGAAAGAUGGAGGAGGAAAGACGUCUGCGGGGGUUUGAGGAGAAGCUGCUGGUCCUAGUCCAGGAGCUCUCUCCGCCUCAGAAACGUGAGGGAGGGUCAUCCCAAGCCCAGGAAGAUGAAGAGGAGGAAGACAGUGAGGAAGACAGUGAGGAAGACAGUGAGGAAGACAGUGAAGAAGACAGUGAGGAAGAGGAGAGUGAAGAGGAGAGUGUAGAAGAUGAGGAAGAAGAUGAUGAUGAGGAAGAUGUAGUCACAAAGACCAUGGAACAAAUUCCAGAGUCAGGCACUGCCACGUACAUGGUCAUCAGUGCCUUUAAAGGAGAGCAGGAAGGAGAUCUUACCAUUCAGAUGGGUGAGGUCCUGGCGAUUCUCAGUAAAAAUGAGGAUGGCUGGUGGCUUGCUCAGGACUCCAAGGGCAGUAAGGGACUAGUCCCCAAAACCUACUUGAAGAGAUAUUCAGACCAGGAGGAGGAUGAUGAGGAAGCGUCAGAGGAUGAGGAGCUUGAGUCCAAAAGGAAGCAGAGCUCAAACUGGGACUGUGUGAUGAGAGCCAUCACUGAGAUUGAUGCUACUGAUGUUCUGUCAGCCAUGGGUGCCAUCCCUGCUGGGUUCAGGUCAUCCACCCUCUCUAAACUACUAGAUGAGGGGAUUACCUACAGAGCAAGUCACUACAUCCAGCCAGAGUUGAGCCAAUCCAAACUGUCCUUCAAAGACCUCUUCCGGGACCCAGACACUGGAAAAGUUCGUCAGAGGACAGCGAGGACGUCCCUCACUCUGACUCUGUGGAGCUGCAAGAGUAUCCCCACCCCAGGGGUCGGAGUUCAAGUCCUCAGUCGGCACAUCCGCCUCUGUGCUUUCGACGGUACUCAGGUUCUUAGUAACAUCCACACCAUCCGAGCCACUUGCAAUGCAAACAACGUCAAGACCUGGUCCUUUUCUCCCCGGAUGACUGGGAAUCUACCCAGCCUUUUGGACGGGGACUGUUUUCUGAGGUGCAACUCGGACGCUCCUGAGCUGGGAAUAUUAUUUGAACUUGGAGUCACAUACAUCCGAAAUUCUACAGGUGAGAGAGGAGACCUGAGCUGUGGCUGGGCCUUCCUGAAGCUCUUUGACACCAACGGAGCACCUGUCCCACACAGGACCUAUGAAUUGCUUGUGCAUGGAGGCACACCGUAUGAAAAGGACGUAGAGGUAGAUCCAUCUUUAACAAGAGGAGCCACAGGAACAGGCAUGUUCCAGCAGAUGAUGUUGUCCAGGAAACUCCCUAAACUCUUCCUCAAACUGAAAUCGCCAAACGUUCGUACAAGGUCACAGCUGAGUGCUCUUCCAGACACUCUAGUGGGCAGUCUCUCCAGUAUACACCUGCUGGUUCUGCACAGACAACUACUGGCAGAUAUUCUGCUUAUGGACAGGGCAACCAUGCAGAAUGCAGUCUCCGGCUCGGUCCUGCCCGCUCAUACCUCUCCAUCAGGGUUGACAACUCCACGGUGUCCCCUCCCAGAGUGCGAAGUACCUUGUCGUUUUCUGCAAACAUCAAAGCAGUGACUCGUUCAUGCUCUACAUCAAACCCCUCCAGCUUAUCCAGAACACCACAGCACGCCUGGUGUUCAACCUUCCCAAUUUCUCCCAUGUCACCCCGCUCCUCUGCACACUCCACUGGCUUCCAGUCAAGGCUCACAUCCAAUACAAGACCAUGGUACUUGCCUACAGAGCCCCUCCCUACCUUCAGGUUAUGAUCAAACCCUGCACCCCAACCCGAGCACUCCAUUCGGGCACCUCUGGCCUCUUGGCCUUCCUACUCCUACGGGAGGGAAGCUUCCGCUUAGGCCCAUCUUUUCUGUCAUGGCACCCCAAUAGUGGAACCAGCUUCUCCCUGAAGCUAGGACAGCAGAGUCUACCCAUCUCCCGAAAACAUCUAAAACCCUACCUCUUCAAAGAGUAUCUUAAAUAAUCCCACCACACCCCGUUUUCACCCGACCCGAAAUAUUACCACCUAUAUGGCUGCAAAUAUUGAGAGGGCUUAUUCUAAUGCUUACCCAAUAAUGAUGCACUAAAUCACAGAUUGUACAUCAUUGCGCACAUUUUUACACAUUCUGAAAUAUAUUGAGGAAAAGAUGACUGUAUGUGGCCUAUUGGAAAAAUAGAAGUCAAUUGAUUGAGCAAAAUUGAUUUUAAUAUGAUUACUAUAUAUACUGUGCCUGCAGAAAGUAUUCAUACCCCUUGACUUAUUCCACAUUUUGUUGUUGCAGCCUAAAUUCAAAAUGAAUUAAAUAGUAUUUUUUUCUCACCCAUCUACACACUACCCCAUAAUGACAAAGUGAAAACAUGCUUUUAGAACAUUUAAUUUAUUGAACAUUUAAUAUCUCCUUUACAUGAGUAUUUACACCCCUGAGUCAAUAAAGAAAUAAAGAAUAAAGAAGCACCUUUGGCGGUGAUUACAGCUGUGAGUC